AAUGCUGACAUCGUGUAUUUGAUCACCAACGAUAGAGUCCAGUAUAUCUUCAGAACUUGGCUCUACACAUCAAAAAUCUGCUUCACCCUCUCAAAGGUACUUGGUAUGUCCUUGUGAGUUCAUAUCUGAUUCCAUGCCAGAAUCAAGCAAGGAAAUCAUUUCGACACAAGCAGGGCUUCAGCGAUCACAGGACCGGGUCAGCUCACCAUCCCCUUGCUGCCUCGAAUGAUUUUGGAGCGUUGCUGCAGGUCAAGAAAAUCAGGUCAGAGUUGGCUAAAUGGCGCCAUGAUGUUGAGGUUGCGCUCAUCUCCUCUGCUGUUGUCGGAGUUGACUUGAUUGUAGUCCGGCAAGCCGGCAGUAUAUCCCCUCAAUGAGAUCGAGAGCUACUCCCGCACACCAAACCAGUAAGACUUUUCUUGCCUGCUGCCCUUGUGGGGCUAACGAUGGACCGUGGCAGAUUGAAAGGGAAGGACGAGCCUAAUGCUCUCAAGGUGAUUUUAAGGAGCUUCGAUAAUCCUGGUGAGCCUGAAGACUUCCAGGUGGCCAGAAAAGCUGCCGAGCCUGAAAAACAGUGGGGCCUGGGCAAGAUGAUGCGAAGUUUCGAGCAAGACCUUGACAGCCUGAAGAUUGAGAGUUAAGGAUCAAGUGCUCGUUCCUUG